CAACAACACCAUCACAACUCAAUUUGCUCGCACGUGGUGUGUGUGCCAUGUCCGAAGAUGCCCGUGUUGUUCGCUUGCCCCUCAAGUAUGGAGGGGCGGAAGACUUGCAAGUGAGCCCUCGCCACGCCCGCCAAAGCCGAUGGGUGUGGAUUGCAGGGGGGGUGUUCGUCGCCGCCAAUGUUGUCGUCCUCGGCAGCAUCAUCAUCGUUGGGAAAAGCGUGAGCGACUCGUUGACCCAUAUCAAGACGGUCGAGUCCCAGCAAGCGGUGCAAGCGUUGAGCGCGUUCAACUUGCCAUCCAAGUUUGCUGUCCAGCACGUCACACCACGUCAAGACCAAGCCCAACGCGGCACGUGCUGGGACUUUGCCACGAUUUCCUACCUGGAAUGGUCGUACCGCGCGAACGGGGUCGCGAAUGGAUGGCUCAAGGACGAAGAGUACGUUGCGUUUUCCGAGCAGGCGUACGGGAUUGAAAUCAUGCGGCUGUGCACUGGCCCAGAAGGGUCGCCACAGCAAACGGCGUGCCGUGUCGCCGGCGACUUUAUCUGGAACCACACGACCGAGGGCGGCGAAGACUACGACCUGUACUACCUCCGCGAUGGCCUCAAGAACUCGGUGCUGCCCACGGCCGUGUGCCCGUACUUUAAGAAAGGCAACGAGGACGUGUGCCCUGGUCUUGAUGCGGCACUCGAACACAACCCGGUCCAGUUUCAAGUCAAGAACAUCUCGACCUUCUACGACGGCCCGACGAUUAAGCUCGAGCUGUUUUCGAAAAACAAGGCGCUCUCGAUCGGGACCCCCGUCUUGAGUGUGUCGCACUACUACCCGUGCAUCGGCCCAUUCCUGAGCGACCCCAACUGCCAAAAGGACAAGGACACGUGCACGCUGUGCCCGUCCGACUUGUCCCAGACAACGUGCUGCAUCCCGUCGCACGGAGGGCACAACCCCAACAUGGAAGGCGAAUUCUUUGCGCACAGCCGCAUGUCGUUAUCUGGUGGUCAUGCCAUGCACCUCGUUGGGUACAACGAUGCGUUCGAAAACCACGAAGGCGAAGUCGGCGGGUUCAUCCUCAAGAACUCGUGGGCAGACUCGCAAACGCGCGGCAGCCACACGUUGAAGUGGUGGCUCCAAGAGAUCUCGGACUGGGAAGAGCGCACGAUCUGCCCCAACAGCUACAACCCGACCAACUGGUACGCGUGCGGCGGGACAGACGACAACGCGGACUUGGUGUCGCCAACAAACGCGACGGAGAAGGUCGUGUUCAACAAGGGAGUCGAGGACUGCUUGUCCAACACAACGCGCAUGUUUGCCAAGACGAUGGUCCAGACGCUCGAGCUCAAGUGCUCGGACGCGACCAAGUGCACCGUGAGCGACGACGUGACGUAUUACGUGCGCAACACGACCGACUGGGGCGACCGUAUGACGCUCAUGUGCGUUUGGGAACACAACGUCAAGGUCGGGUCGGCGCGGGACUUUUGUUUGAUUCCGAUGCUCGAGCAGAACCUGGCGGCCACGUUCAAGCCAAAAGUCGCGCUCGCCAACGACGUGGACCGGUGCGGGUUUUACUUUUUCUCGUACGAAGCAGCUCGCCGGUACUUGGCUCAGUUUGGCAAUUUCUUUGUCAAUGGGUACGACAUUGAGUGGAACCCGAGCUCGUACUUGGCCAACGCGGACAAGUUUCCCACGCUCAACUACACGCUGCUGCAGCAGUCGACGUUCCGCCAGAACAAGGACGACUUUGUCGGCCCGCACCCGUAUGCCAAAGCGAUUGCGUCGGCUCCUUGACGUCGUCGCUGCUGCACACACUCCAUGCUCUUGGAGCUGUCGUCGCGAUUGUAAAUAGCGCUGAGAUGGAUUUGAAUGAAAGCCCGCCGUGUGUUGGCGAUCCAUUCUGUGAUA